CUUAGGAAAAAAGUCUGCCGCAUGGGAACCAGUCGGUAGAUAGUAGCUCUGUUUAAUCCUGCCUUAGAGUAACCAGCAGCCCCUUUGGGAUUUCAGCAUUGUAUUAUUAGUCACUUUCAGCCUCUGUUGUUGCUGGGCAUUUUCACUUCUGCCCAUACCCCUGCAUCGUUCCAGCAGGAGAAUCACCAUGACCAGGCCCUUAGAAGAGGCUCUUUUUCAGCACUUCAUCCAUCAGAAGCUGGAGAUUGCUUAUGCCAUAGAUAAGCCAUUUCCCUUCUUUGAAGGACUCCGAGACAACAACUUCAUCACCGAUACCCUAUACAGGGAAUCAUUGGAAGCCUGUAGAAAUCUGGUCCCUGUAUCCAGAGUAGUAUACAACAUCCUCACCAAACUGGAGAAGACCUUUAGCCUGUCCUUUCUAGAGGUGCUGUUUGGCCACAUCAACCUUUAUGAGUACCCAAGCCUGACGGCAGUUUUCAAAAGCUUCAAAAAUGUGGUCACUUCCCACAGAGGGUGGAGCAGAAGCGCAGCUGCCCCUCAGGAAGCCCCAGCCAGCACAGCAGAAAGGAGCUCCGUCCGGCCCUUGCUGCCAUUGCCUGCCUGCCAGGGGCCCCCACCCAGUGGCCCGUCCUUGGUGCCCAGUGUCAGUGAGCCCGCAGCACCCGUCCAGCCCAGCACUGAGACCCUGCCCAAGCCACCCAGCCCUGCUGGCCUCGCCAAGACCCCCCCGGGAAUCAUCCAGGAAGGAAGGCUCACUCCAGUGUCCAGCGACAGCCUGAUCCUCCAGACAGAAGAUAAAGAAGACACCCCAGAGGUGUCCUGCACCCCCUCAGGCUCCGCACCAGCGAUAAAAGACGAUUCUCCCAAACCACGUGACCCAGAGGAACUCCAAGAGGCCCCCAGGAUGCCUCCCAACAAGAAAGGAAAGAAGAAAAAAAGAUGUAUCUGGGCAACCCCCAAAAGAAGACACAAGAAAAAAUGCCUCCCAAGAGAGGCAGCCUUACCUGGCCAUGGAAUCCAAGAGAAGCUCCAAGGGGUGGAUCAGGAGACUCAGAGGAAGGAUGACUCAACCGGGAACGCAGAGGUCAUGACAAGGGCCCCCAAGACAAAGACUAAAUGUGCCCGAACACUGAAACCAGAGGAGACCACUGAUGACAUUCCAGAAGUGGUUGAAGGAAAGAGACCCCAGGAGCCACCCAGCAGGCCAACAAGAACCGCGAAUAAAGGAAAGGAAAGAAACAUAUAUAGCUGCUCAAGUUCCAAAAAAAGACAGAAAAAAAGUCUCCCACAAGAAAAACCUAAAGACAAAACUCUGGAUUUUCACUCUCUCAUACUUCCUGUGACCUGUGGUGAAGCAAAAGGGAUUUUGUAUAAGGAGAAAAUGAAACUAGGAUCCUCAGAGAAGUGCAUUCAGAAUGAGGAGGGCGUUUGGUUCACCCCAAGAGAAUUUGAAAUUGAGGGAAAACGGAAACAGAAAAAGUACUGGAAGCGGAGUGUGCUUUGUGGAGGGAAGACCCUAGAACAUCUGAUAAAGAAAGGACUUUUGAUCUGUCCUCCAAAGAGAAGUCUCAAGAGAAAGCCAGAAAAUUCCAAGGAAUGUGAGGUGUGCUGUGGAGGGGGUCUGCUGCUCUGCUGUGACACUUGUCCAAGGGCCUUUCAUGAGAACUGUCACAUCCCACCUGCGGUGGCCAAGAGGAGACCUUGGAGUUGCACCUUCUGCCGCAUGAGGGAGGCUUCAGGAAGCCAGCGGUGUCUCAGGGGAUCUGAGGGCCUGGCCAGGCAGAUGCCGCCUGAGGAGCAGUUGGUGAGUCAGAAAUGUGAGUUUCUCCUCUUGAAAGCCUACUGUCAUCCACAAAGCUCUUUCUUUGCGGAGACCCCACGCAAUAUUCGAGAUUAUGGUGAGCCCUUUAAAGAAGCCAUGUGGCUGGACCUGGUGAAGGAAAGGCUGACUGAGAGAGUGUACACAGUGGCCUGGUUUCUGCGGGACAUGCGCCUGAUCUUUCGCAACCAUCAAAUGUUUUACAAGGCUUCUGACUUUGGUCAGAUAGGACUGGAUCUAGAGGCAGAAUUUGAAAAGGACCUCAAAAAAAUGUUUAUUGUUCACGAAGCCAGGUGAGAACAGCGUCCAGGUUCCUUCUUGGUCCUGUUCUGGAAGGACUGUGGCACCCCAACUUCAAGGUCCAGAUGAUGAUUCCCUGGCCAUCCUUCGAUUGCUAAUGAGUUACUGGCCCCCCAAAUCCAGAUCCUUCGUGGCUUUUGUCACACCCCCACCUCCUUUCAUGGUUUUUCUAUGUCUUGCACCUCAAAAAAAUUGAAUAUUUUCUUAAUACCAUUAAAUACCCCAUCACAGUGCA